UUGCGGUUGCCGCUGAUACUUCUCCUUUUUCCUGCAUCUCCCUCCGCUUCUCUCUUUCCUUCUGUGAUUUUCAAGCCUUCAUUGAGCGGUGAACGGAGUCGCUCACCUCACGUAUUCUUGUCAGUGACCGAUGGAAUCCGUUAUAAUCUUUGACGACGCCUUUCGGAAACCCCACGUCUCUUUCCCCUGAUUCUUCUCCGAACCCAUGCUCCAGGCAGAAGGUGGUUUAUGCUGCUGCAAGGGCAGUUGCCGUGGUGCUGCUAUACCCAUUAUCAACUUUCGGUGGAAACUUCGACAAGCAAUAAUCUCCUAGAAGUUCAUCGUUGGCAUAUAGACUAUAAUGAUUAGAAAUGCUGUCAGAAGCAUAUGGAGUGGUGGGCAUCUUUCCUCCAGAGAAGGAGUAAUCUAUUCUUUGUCUUAUGCCAGAAGAGGCUUCCAUGAAGGGCAGGUUCUUCUUUCGCCAAGGAGCUUCUUUGGAGUAGAGGAUUUUGUAGACGAUGAUAAUGGGCGGCCUUACACUUACAAGAAGGAGAAGAAAUCAAAGAACCCCCACAAGCAUGUCUCGUUCAAGCAGCGUACGAUAGCAUAUAUGGAACCCUUCACACUUGACGUGUUCAUAUCCAAGCGCUUUGUUUCUGCAUCGCUUACCCAUAGGGUGACCAGCAAACAAGUUGCGGUUGCUGGUACAAACUCGAAAGACAUCAAGGCAAUUCUCAAGUCCCGAUGUGAUAUACCCGCUUGCAUGGCAGUGGGUCGAAUCUUGGCUGAUAGAGCAAGGGAGGCUGACGUCUAUACCGCUUCAUACACACCUAGGGACCGCGACAAGUUUGAAGGUAAGAUACGAGCUGUUGUCCAGUCCCUCAUCGACAGUGGAAUUGAUGUCAAGGUUUAUCCCAACUAAUUUGAGAAUUGUCUAGCAGUUUAGUGCUCCUCAUGCAUUCUGAAUGUCGUUUUUUGGAAAUGGUGGCUUGUGUUCAUAUAUCGAUUGGGACUGAAAGUAGGAAACGUGUUUUCAUUAUCCGAAGAGGAAAAGGUCAAACAGGCCACUGUUUAUUGGUGCACAAGGAAGAAGCUCUAUAGUUAUUGGACUAACUUGUUACUUUUCUUUCAUUAAUAUGGCUGUUUCAUGCGUCUUUUCGACAUUGUAGAGGAAAAGUUGUGCUUUUAAGUUUUGGAGGCCGAUGCCGCUGUGGGCCUCUUUGAAGCA